AUGGCCCCAACGAAAGAGCCUAACGCGCCCUCCUACCCGUUGGCCCCCUUCUGCGGUCGACACGACCCGAGGCCGUUUGCCACGUUUUUGAGGCAAUACGCUCGUAUGUGCGAUGCGAGGAAGCUCGGCCGCAAGAAGGCGGCCGAACUGAUUCCGCACUAUCUGGCUGAUGAAGCCAUGAUGGUGUAUAAAAAUUUGGAUAGGGAGCUAAUCAGGGCCGAGGAGCCAGAGGAAAUUUUAAAUGCGAUUGCUAGCGCAAUCCCAAUAGCUGGGAAGCAAGAAAAAGCGCGCAGGGAUUUCUUUGAGAAGAGAUGGGCUACGGAGUUAGGUGAAUUGAUAAGGAUAGCGGAAAAUGAGGUCGGACGAUACAGGCGUAUGGCGUGAAUGCGGUGCAGGGGCCCGACAGUUUCGUUCGCGAGGCCCUUUUCAAUAUACAAAGGCAGCUCGCUCGCCUCAACCCGUUUCACAAUCGCCGAGGGAAAAGAGCCCCUUUCGCCGGACCGCGGAACUUCAACCCGCGUUACAACAAUUUUCGGGAAAAUCAUCCCAACGACCGCGAGCGACCGCAAGCGCACAACAGGACUUUUUCAAAUAACCAGCGUCCCAAUCCAACUCAGCAAUACCCGCGCCGAAACACGUUCAAUCCGCAACGCGAGAACCGACCAUACUUUCAAGAUCAGCGCAAUUUGUGCAGCUUCUCGAGUCCCACCGUCAAUCACGUCAUCGAUGCCUCUCCAAGCGAAAGUGGCCGAAAAAGGUCGCAGCAUGUAUUGUAUAGAUAAUUUUGUACUGUAUUAACUUUCGUCCUAUGAGAAAACUGUCAGAAGAGCUACGUGGACUCCCAUUCCUCUAAACUCUAGUCUUUCUUUCUUGCAAUCUUGGUUAUCACAACAAAUAUAUAUAUAUAUAUAUAUAUUACACUAUCAUAAAGCUUAGAACGCGGAGCAGCUUCAUCCGUUCGCUGAGCUCGUCGUGAAUUAAUAUAAUACCUGAAAAACCAAGAAAUAUACACUUUUCUUCCUUACCUUUCUUUCAUAGUCUUGUCUAAAGGGAUAAACGUUUGCAAUUCGAUAGCAAUUCAAAAAAGGCAGUAAUAACCGUAGUAAGCUUUAAUUUUACAUUAUUACACUUUAUCAUAUUCAUUUUUGUAUGUGUUAUUGAGAUCUGAAGUUUGAAGCCUCAUUCAGACCUUGCCGUCAAUUCUCGCGACGCGGUCGUCGCGAUAGGAGGAGGGGGAAGAUGUCGCGGCCAGCGACGCUGAUGACGUAAGUCGGAAGCGGAGUUACCGCGCAUGUCUAAACCCAAGUCCUAGCGCCUCGAUCGAAGAUCGAGGAGAGAGGGAAAAGCGAUGAAGAUGGCCGGUUGUGUUUGUAAUAAUAAAUGUAAUUGUUAACCGGUAUGGAUAUUUGAGUAUUGUCUAGUAAAAGGAUACGCCGCUCGGGUACGUGGAAGGCGGUGAGAUACCUGCAUUAGCAUUGACAGCCUGAAAACCUGAGCAAACUUUGUGGCCACUUUUUCAUCAACAUUGAACGGAAUCACAGUCCCUCCAACGUUUUACCCAAACCUCGUCCGGAGACUGGGCGCAAAAUUCGACGCAGUAAAGCAUCGAUAUGUUGUGGAUUGUGCGAAAGAAAUUCCCAUCAAGAUCGAGAUCAAUGGCACGGAAUUUGACAUCCGAUUUGACGCGUUUAUCGAGCCGACCGAUGGACCCGAUUGCGUUGUCAACAUCAGACGUGGAAAGGAAAGAAAGGCCAUCAUCUUGGGAGUUCCGUUCUUAGUCAACAACGGUGCUUGUUUUGAUAAUGAGGAUGAGGAAAUCCAUCUCUACGAUGCUGCUUUUAACGCUCAAGUAAUGAUCAAUGGAAUCGUCAAGACUCAUAAUGGAGCUACCGCUGUCGUUGAGACUGUCGUCGGACAGUAA